AUGGACACCGCGGUGGAGCUGGAGCAGAAGCCGGCGGUGGGGUAUUGGAGUGUGAUGGGUGCGCACCCCUACGACGCGUGCGCCGCGGAGCCAGCGUGGCUGCACUGCCGCGAGGACGGUGUGUUCCUAUGCUUCGGUUGCCACGCCCCUGCCACCAUCACCUGGCAUGCCGACGUCGCCGCGCUCUGCUCCGCCUGCGACGAUGACAUCCACUCGGCCAACCCGCUUGCACGCCGCCACGAGCGCCUCCCCGUCGCGUCCUUCAUUGGCGCGCUCGCCGACGCACCACAGCCCUUCCCAUCCCCGGCCUUCGCCGUCGUGGCACAGAGAGAAGCGAGACAGAGGGAAAGUGAGAGGGAGAGAGAGAAGGGAGAGAGGAGAGAGAGAGGGAGAGAGGGGAAAGGAGCUGGGGAGUAG